AUGGCUCAACUCGGGGAUGGUGAUUCUCUUAACAAACUAUUGACUGUAGAUGCAUUAGAUCCUAAUGGUUUGUUGAACCAUCUAUUGCAAAAUUCUUCUAAAGAGGUAAUGAUGCAAUGCUCUGAGCAAAAUCUCGCGUUCAUUUGCCAGCUUUUCAACGAACCAUUUGAUGCUAGCAACGUUGAGGCUUGUGUUGAUGUUUUAUUUAGAAAGGGAGUUUGUAAAGAGGGUUCUUAUCCUCAUGCUUCUAAAGCUGAGGAGUUAGAAAGCACCAUCUCUGCUCAGCGCAACCUUGCAGAAAUCCAGGGAAUGUUUCUCUCUGUUGAAAAUUGCUCUAUCGUAGAGUUUCAAAAAGAAAGUCAGAUCAAGGAGGACACAAGUGCAUUCAUUUCCGGCUUUGAUGAUUUUAUUCAAAGUUCUGUGAGUGCCGCCAAUGCAGGAGUUGCCAUUUCCGUUAGACCAUCAAUUUGGCUUUGCAAAAAACGCAAUGACUCUCUUGCAAGACAACUAUGCGCAAGAUUAAAAAUGUCCCAAGAAGCCAUCAUCAGAAUGCACAAGUUGCAACAAGAGGUCGAUUUGAUGAAGCAACAACUUGCAAAUACCCAAGAAGAACUCGCCGCUGUAAAAUCCAGAUUCGAAUCCGAACUGAACAUCACGAAAUCCGAACUUAACACAACAAAAUCCGAGCUGAACAUCACCAAAUCCGAACUUAACACCACAAAAUCCGAAGUUCAGAAAUUACAUCAAGGUGUUUCCAAAAUCCAAAGAAUCGUGACUGAUUUAAUUUCAAAUUGA